AUGCUGGCCGUGGCGUUCGUGCUUUUUUCCUUCAACCUGUUCCAGGUUGGAGCACCGGCAUGCCUGCCGAACCCUAGAAGCCUUAGCCAGCGGCGCAACGUCACACAUGAUGGUGAGUCCUAUCCCAUUGGUCUUGGGGUCAAUGACUGGGAUGCUGCUUAUGUGACGAGCGGUGUAGUUCACAUCCUCAUAGAGGAGUUGCUGGGCUACAAUGUCAUAGAAACAGGACCAGGUCCUGGAACACUCAACGCCUUCUAUGCUCUCAUGGGAUGCGCGCGGCCGCUAAACCUGAGUGACGCCGGAUGUGGGUCGGGUGUUACCUACAACCACAUCAAUGUCGAGCAGUGGUCUGAAGAUCACGCAAAGGAGGCUCCUCUCGAUCUGGGCAGCAUGGGCUAUGAUGGCGCCAUCUCCGCGUAUUUCCCAAGGAGUGUCCUGGCCGAGUCCCACUUUCAGGAUGGAAACGUUCUGGAACACUACCGAGGAUGGAAUGCCUCAUGGAGCCGCAAUGAGAAGUACUUUGACACCUUGGAUUCGAUUAACAGAAGCCAGAUGCAUCCCUGCAAUGAUACACGCUUUAUGUCCUCGCAGCCGAACGAGGAUUACCUCAGGGUCACAGGUGAUUCUGAAGGCCUUCGGGCUCUGGCGAACGGUGAUCUCAUUUCUCACUGCCCUGAUGGCUAUUUCUGGCUGCCUCCGGCCUGCAGGGCAAACCCUGUCCGGUGCAUUCCCUACCUGACUGGGGCCCUCGGCUGGUGGGGUGUUGAUGACAUGAUGCAGAAGGCAACGGCUUUUGACAUGCCGAUAGCAAUCGGCGUGGCCCGAAAUUGGGCAGAGAUGCCUUUGCAUGUCAAGAGCACCUUUUACUGGUGGGUGCCGGAUGCAACCUUCUUGGAUCUUGACCCAGUGGGAAUCACUUUUCCACCCUACGAUUUCAACGCUUACAUGAGGGGAGACAAGCGCACGGCAGCUGCAUCCAGCGCCAUCACGAAGCUUGUGAGCCAAGACUUAUCGACCUUGGCCCCAAAUGUCGAGGAAUUCAUCCGGGGUUUGCGCUUCAACAUGAAUGACGUCAUGGACAUGAUGCGAGACAAGAAAGCAACCGGUGAUUCGCAUACUGACGUUGCCUGUCGCUUGGUCGGCUGGAGCUGUAGGUUGCCUGACAAGACAAAAUGCUUUCCUGGCUUCGGCUUAUACGACACUGAUCGCAUGCAAUUCGCAAGCAGCAGGAACGAUUCAACUUUCUUGGAAUGCAGAGCUUGUGAGUCUGGACGGUUCUCAUCGCGGCUGGAUGAUGAACAAGGCCUCACGUAUGAGUGCAGGCCCUGUGAGCCUGGCACCAGCCAACCUUCAGGCGCUGCGCUCUCCUGCGAUCCAUGUCAGUUGGGUGAGUAUCAAAACAGCUCCGGCAGUCAAAGCUGCCUUCGGUGUGACAUUGGCUUCUACCAGGAUCGAAGAG